UCGGGGGCUGAGGUGAGAGGACGCCUGGCGCCGGCCGGGGCUCUGCCGGGCGGCGCGGGAGGGCGCGCGUCCGCCUGGUGCUCGCGCGGGCUUGGGAGCCGGGGAGCACGGCUGCGUUCUUGGCGCCAUCGGGAAGAUCCGAGCCGAGGAAGGAGAAAGGAGUUUCUGUGGGUCAGGAGUCUGGGUGUACUCAGUUGCAUCUUCUGGUUGGGAUCUCACAAAGCUUUAGUCAAGGUGUUGGCCAGGCUGUGUGCUUUUGUGGAAACGCAACUGUGGAAAAAUCUGCUUCUACAUUCAUUCAGUUGAUUUUUCAAUCACAGCAAACUACAGUGGUACUUGAAUGGGUUUUGGAAAAUGUCUAAAGUUUAGUGGCUACAUCUACCUUCUGCCUUCUCUCCAGCCUUUAAAAAAGAAUAAAUGGGAUGUUUGAGAAGAGUGAUAUAUUAAAAGAAGGGUUUUGCAAAUGGCUUCAGACUCUGUGAAUGGAAAACAAGCCAGGAAUCACUUCACAAAAGGGAAAAGACACCAGCAACUAAAGAACCGAUCUUCAGUUAGUGAUGGUGGUGGAGAGGACUCUUUUAUUUUUGAAGCAAAUGAAGCUUGGAGAGAUUUUCAUGGUUCUCUUCUUGGAUUUUAUGAAAAUGGAGAGCUUUGUGAUGUCACCCUAAAGGUUGGCUCAAAGCUAAUCUCUUGUCAUAAGCUGGUAUUGGCUUGUGUUAUUCCCUACUUCAGAGCCAUGUUUCUCUCUGAAAUGGCUGAAGCCAAGCAAACACUGAUUGAGAUCAGAGAUUUUGAUGGUGAUGCAAUAGAAGACUUGGUCAAGUUUGUCUAUUCUUCCCGGCUCACUUUGACUGUUGACAAUGUCCAACCUCUCUUAUAUGCAGCCUGCAUUCUGCAGGUUGAACUAGUGGCUAAAGCUUGUUGUGAAUACAUGAAGUUACAUUUUCAUCCCUCCAAUUGCCUGGCCGUAAGAGCCUUUGCAGAAAGUCACAAUCGAAUAGACUUAAUGGACAUGGCAGAUCAGUAUGCCUGUGAGCAUUUUACUGAAGUGGUGGAGUGUGAAGACUUCGUAAGUGUAUCACCCCAGCACCUCCAUAAGCUUUUGUCCUCCAGUGAUCUAAACAUUGAGACUGAAAAGGAGGUCUAUAGUGCUGCCAUCAAGUGGCUUCUUGCCAAUCCUCAGCAUCAUUCCAAAUGGCUGGAUGAAACACUUGCACAGGUUCGUCUGCCAUUGUUGCCAGUUGAUUUUCUCAUGGGCGUUGUGGCAAAAGAACAGAUUGUCAAGCAAAAUCUGAAAUGUAGAGAUUUACUGGACGAAGCAAGAAAUUACCACCUUCAUUUGAGUAGCAGAGCAGUACCUGACUUUGAAUACUCUGUGCGGACUACCCCCAGGAAGCGUACCGCUGGUGUGCUGUUUUGUGUAGGUGGUCGAGGUGGAUCUGGUGACCCCUUUCGCAGUAUCGAAUGCUAUUCCAUCAAUAAGAACAGUUGGUUUUUUGGGCCAGAAAUGAAUAGCCGAAGGCGACACGUGGGUGUAAUCUCUGUGGAAGGUAAAGUGUAUGCGGUAGGUGGACAUGAUGGAAAUGAGCACCUAGGGAGCAUGGAGAUGUUUGAUCCUCUCACUAACAAAUGGAUGAUGAAGGCGUCAAUGAACACCAAGAGGAGAGGAAUUGCUUUGGCUUCCUUGGGAGGUCCAAUUUAUGCCAUUGGGGGACUAGAUGACAAUACUUGCUUCAAUGAUGUGGAGAGAUACGACAUAGAAUCUGACCAGUGGAGUGCAGUGGCACCAAUGAACACUCCUCGUGGGGGAGUUGGCUCUGUGGCUCUAGUAAACCAUGUUUAUGCAGUAGGCGGCAAUGAUGGAGUGGCUUCUUUAUCUAGUGUGGAAAGGUAUGACCCACAUCUGGAUAAAUGGAUAGAAGUUAAAGAAAUGGGUCAACGAAGAGCAGGCAAUGGAGUUAGUGAGCUUCAUGGUUGCUUAUAUGUUGUUGGUGGUUUUGAUGAUAAUUCCCCUCUGAGUUCAGUUGAGCGGUAUGACCCUCGAAGCAACAAGUGGGAUUAUGUGGCAUCACUUACCACUCCCAGGGGUGGAGUGGGGAUCGCGACAGUGAUGGGCAAGAUCUUUGCCGUUGGUGGUCAUAAUGGCAAUGCAUACUUGAACACAGUGGAAGCAUUUGACCCAGUGCUGAAUAGGUGGGAGCUUGUCGGAUCUGUAUCCCACUGCAGAGCUGGAGCGGGAGUGGCUGUGUGUGCCUGUUUAACUAGCCAGAUUCGAGAUGUGGGUCAUGGAUCCAAUAAUGUGGUUGACUGUAUGUGAUUCAGUUCCAGCCACCACACAGUUCAAGCAUAUGUGACAGGCAAGAAAUAAAAUGAAGAUUUUGAUAUGACUACCUUUGAACAGUUUUAACUACAACUAAAGUCUUAUUUAAGUGUUAACUGUUGUACAGUAAUUAAGUACAACUUUUGGAAUGAUAGCUGAAGAAUUAUUAGUAAUAAAAAUUAAAUUUGAUAAUUCCUGCUUUAGCAAAUUAUGGAGUAUGGAAGGAAGACAGUCUAACUUAAACACCCUGUCUGCUCCAAAAAAUGCUUAAAGGAGUACCAAAACUUUGAAAUCUUUUUUUGUUUUUAAUUUGGAUCAAUCAAAAUGUAAUUGUUGAGUUUUACCUUUUCUUUUGCCUAGAUAGUGGGUUAACCCUAGGUAGUGGGUUUUUUCCUAGGGGGAGAUUAGAACCUGUUCAUUAACAGAGACACGUAAGAGACUGCUCCUUUUGAAGAUCAUUUCUACUAGGUGCUGAUUAAUUUAUGCCUGCUUUUUUUGCCCUAGGUGUCAAUUUUUGAAUUUAUAGAAGUAGAAAAAUGUUUAGUCUUUGGAAUGCCACUGGCUGCAUUUUUAGAAGCUUAUAAGAGUGCUGUAAGAAGUCUUUAUAGUUUUAGUUUGAAUUGCCAGGGUACCAAAGGACCAUUCAGAAGAGUCUAUAGUUUUAUUUUUUUCUUUUAGUUUUAUUUUCUUCAUCUCAUGCAAAUUGUCUUUCAUAAGAAGCAAAAAGUUAACGAGAGGAAAUUUUAGAGACUGUUUUAGAUUUGAUACUACUCCCAUGCCUAAUUGAGAGAUCUUGAGAAGGUAUGGUGCAGAUUAUGUGACUCUUUAACAUAGGGAAUCUGAAAAAAACCUUGAAUGCUCUUCUUUGAUCAUUUGAUUUUGAACCCAGGAUUUAUUAACUUUUUAUUUGGUUAUUUGCCACCAUCCUGGUUUUCCUUGCUGUAUAGAAUUUGGAUUUCGUGUUUAUUACCAGAAUGUGAACCCUUUAGGGACUGCCAUUUAUUGAUUAGUUAAAGUCUAUCAUUAACCAAUAAAGCAUAAUGUUGGUUAAAAACAGAGAAAGAUUGAAACUACUGUUUUUCUCAUUAUAUUUAAUUCCUUCUAAUAUAUUUACUGAAAUUUAAUUGAAAAUAUUUCUAUAUAUUAAUUUGAAGCCAAGAUAUUGAUGCACCUACUGAUUUAACAGCUUUUCAUGGUUUUAACCAGCAUUAUAAAAUGGCCUAUUAAAUGUAUAUAUUUUUAUAAAUAUUUAUUAAGAACAUUAAAAUAUCGUAUUUUAUAUUUGCUGUGUAGUUUGGAACCUCUCUUCCAGGCCUUCCUAAGUUUUCAUUUAGUUAUGCCUUAAAACUUACUGUAGAUGACUCCUGGUCGGUUAUGUUUUAUAAGGAAGCUGGGGCAGUGAAAAAUGCUUUCCCCAUCCAUCCAGCCCAGAAGUUCAUUGACUGAUAGCUCCUACAGUCUCAUUACACGGGAUCCUGCUUGUCAGUGUAGCAGGGUGGAAAGCCACAUUACAAAAGCCAGUAUGUCUUGGUUUUGUCAAACCAUAAAAAGGAAACAUUUUAAGAGGGCUCAGACUGGCAGAUAAAAAUCUUUAGUGAAGUAGAUUUAAACUUUCCCAAAUUAUGCUAUUAAUUUUUUUUUCUGCUCUUACCUGUGGGCAGAUUCUUAAGUCAUUGCUGGAUCUGAACCAAUGUUCUCUUGUAUAACUACAACCAUAUGUCAGUCAGUUCCCAAAACAUUUAACUCUGUAGCACUCACAGGACUGGCUGUAAGUGGCUGGAUGUGGAGAGUAGGUCUCAAAACCUGGCUUCAAUUGUCCAUUUUUCUCAUGUCUAAUUGAGUUCUGGUAUUAGAAUGCUUGUUUAGCUAUGGUCAUUAGUAUGUUUAUUGUAUUUAUUUUCAGGGGGGAGGAUCUUAUUAUUAUUUCCUGAGAUUAUUUAAAAUGUUUUUUUUUCUUUAACAUUUCUGCCUUUGUUAUGUGUAUAGAGUGGGGGACUAUGGGUAUUACAUUUUCAUUACUGGUUUUUAUAAUAGAGUGGUCCACUAACAUACUAAGUUGGAAUCCUAGCCAUCCAUAAAGUGAAGUAAAGGGAACAUGUGGUUGUCUCUUACGUGAGGUAUGGGCAAUCAGAAGGAUGGCCGUGAAGGACUGACAAUAGUGUGAAAACAUGAACAGCAGAAUCAGUAUGUACAGUCUCUUUAGGACAAAAACUCAUUCUUUGAGAUAUAAAAUGAAAAUCAGGCUGAAGGAAUCAUGCAGUUGAAAAAUGAUUAUAUUCAUAGGAGUAAAGAGAUAUAAUAUCCAAAUAUUCAAACAAGAUGGCUACUUUAUUGUGACACCUGUCACUUUAACCUCUGAUAUUAACAGCACCUAGCAAAAAAUGAUAUAAAUAGAACUAAAAUAUUGAAAUUGUCAAUGGAAAAGAGAAACAGUGGGAACUUGCAUAUUUCUUGAAGAAAUAUUUCUAGGUGCUUUUGCGUGAUCCUCUCAUUUAAACGUAAAAGCCACUGCUUUCUUGUAUUGCACUGCCACUUUAGAAACCAGUUACUUGACUUUGGUUUUGACUGAUUUCACUGUAUUAUGUAACUGAUUAAUUCUAAAAUAUUUGAAUAAACUCUGUACUUCCUCUAAGGAGUGUUCAUUCUCUUAAUUCCAAAAUGAAAAAUUUAUAAUGUUGUUAAAUGCCUAGGUAAGGGAUUGUUGAAACUGCAUAAACUAUUCUCAAAAACAGUAAACUUGAGGAUUUCCUUUGCUGCUUUUUUCUAUAUGUCUUGUAUGAUAAGAAGAGAAUGGAUUUAAAAACUCAUUCAUAUUUUGUCAGGUAAGAAUGUAUCUGUGGUUUCUCAUACGAGACUUAAAGAAAUUAUUAUCAAGAUGUCAUUGGCUAUGUCUUUUUCCCCUUCAUGUGAAAUUACAAGUGGCAAUAAAACUUCUCUAUAAUAUUUCCUUAAAACUAUUUAUAAAUUUAUAUUGUAAUACUCCAGCAAAUCAAAGUAAUAAAUAAUCAUAUGUACAACCAAGUGCUGAUAUCAAAGAGUUGGGGUCACAUCAGUGCUAUUUAUUAAUACUGCAGGUAUCUAUUAACCAGAACGUCUUUCUAUGUGGUCUUGUAAAUUUGCUUCUCUAUUUUAUUGCUGUAGAAUUACAUUAAAACUAUGUAAUUGUUUAUUCCCUAUCACAACCUACAACCUACAAAAUUGUUUUAGUAAGUUGGCUAUAUUUUUUCCUUAUGUAAAAAUCUUGUGUACCUGAAAAUAGAAAGUUAUUUGUUACCCUUAGCAAAUUAAAGGUUAACACCAAUUGAUAGGUAGUUUUGCUAAUCUUAAGCAGUUGUCUUUUCACUAAUUUCAGAUUUGUACUAUAUAGACUGUGCCUUAAAAUAACUGUUGUCCUUCUGAGUAGUAACAUAGAUGAAGCAGUAGCUUUUUUAUAAGCAAUGUUGACAUUGUUAAAAACUUUCCUGAAACUUACCUUUGAAAAUAGCGUGAAUGGUUCAUUUGUAAGUCAUUCAAAAAUAUUUAGUGUCAUCAUAGUUGUAUGUUAGUUUUGACCAGAAUCUGGCCGGGGCAGUGGCUUUACAGCUGGAAUCACAGCACUUUGGGAAGCUGAAGUGGGAGGAUUGCUUGAGCCCAGGAGACCAGCCUGGACAAGAUAGUGAGAUUCCAUCUCUACAAAAAAAUCUUAACUUAAUUAUGGACCAGUACACUUGAUUUGUAAGACUUGAUUCAAAAUAUUUUAUGACUAAUUUCACAGGUGCAAUUUACCCUCAAAGGAUUAAGUAGCCACCAUGCCUGGCUACUUUUUGUAUCUUAUUUUUCUCUUUUUAUUCACUG